GGAUAUUUGUGUAUAUUCUCGUUUGUUCUUGUUUUUUUUUAUAAUAAUAAGAAGAAGAAGAGAGAUGUCUAAUUUGUAUGGAGAUUAUAACCAAAAGAUCGAUUACGUCUUCAAAGUCGUGUUGAUCGGUGAUUCCGCUGUUGGCAAAACUCAGCUGCUUGCUCGGUUCGCUAGGAAUGAGUUUAGCGUCGAUUCUAAAGCCACCAUUGGUGUUGAAUUCCAGACUAAAACGCUCGUCAUUGAUAACAAAACCGUCAAAGCUCAGAUUUGGGAUACGGCUGGCCAAGAAAGAUAUAGGGCGGUGACAAGCGCAUACUACCGUGGAGCAGUUGGGGCAAUGUUGGUCUAUGACAUGACCAAACGUCAAUCAUUCGAUCACAUGGCGAAAUGGCUGGAAGAAUUAAGAGGACAUGCGGACAAGAACAUAGUCAUUAUGCUAAUUGGGAACAAGUGUGAUCUUGGAAGCCUAAGAGCAGUGCCAACAGAAGACGCACAAGAGUUUGCACAAAGAGAAAACUUGUUUUUCAUGGAAACCUCUGCUCUUGAAGCUACUAAUGUUGAAACAGCAUUUUUGACCAUCUUAACAGAGAUUUACCGUAUAAUCAGCAAGAAAUCACUAACGGCUGAUGAUGAUGACGCCGAUGGUAAUUCAAGUCUCUUGAAAGGAACUAGAAUUAUCAUCCCAAGCGAGCAGGAGAGUGGGAAAAGAGGUGGAUGUUGCGCGUUUAUGCACCGCACCAAGAUAACCCCACCGUUCUUCUCCCGUGGAUGGGGUGGUCCGAAUCUGGAAUUGCUCGAGCGGAUGGUUCAACGGCUCUUCCCGCUUGAGGUUCAAGGUCAGAAUUGGCCACCGCCUUUGGUUCGUCCAGUCUGGAGGACUGUUUGGGAGACAAAGACCGCUACUUUGAGAGAAGGCGUUUUCCAGACUCCGUGUGCCGAUGAGCUAACCGCUGCUUUGCCUCCGGAGUCUCGCACCGCCAGAGUUGCUUGGCUUGUCCCUAAAAACGUUCCUCCCCAAAAGAUGGCUUGUGUGGUUCAUCUUGCAGGCACGGGUGAUCAUACAUAUGACCGAAGAUUGCGUUUGGGUGGACCGUUGGUGAAACAAAACAUUGCAACAAUGGUGUUGGAAAGCCCUUUCUAUGGCCGAAGGCGUCCGUUUCUUCAACGUGGUGCGAGACUCCUCUGUGUUAGUGAUCUACUUUUACUAGGGAGGGCAACAAUUGAAGAGUCCCGCAGUCUUAUUCACUGGCUAGACACUGAGGAAGGCUUUGGAAAGAUGGGUGUUUGUGGGCUUAGUAUGGGAGGAGUACAUGCUUCGAUGGUUGGAUCGCUUCAUCCAACACCAGUAGCAACACUUCCAUUCCUAUCUCCGCACUCUGCUGUUGUUGCAUUCUGUGAAGGAAUAUUAAAGUAUGGAACCGCUUGGGAAGCACUGAGGGAGGAACUUGCAGCACAGAAGAUCACAAUGACUCUUGAUGAAGUCAGAGAGCGGAUGCGAAAUGUUCUCUCCCUCACAGAUGUCACUCGCUUCCCUAUCCCCAAAAACCCUGAUGCUGUUAUCUUUGUUGCUGCAACUGAUGAUGGAUACAUACCAAAACACUCAGUGUUGGAGCUUCAGAAGGCGUGGCCUGGUUCAGAAGUGAGAUGGGUCACAGGUGGACACGUGUCUUCCUUUCUGCUUCACAACGAUGAGUUUCGCAGAGCAAUCGUGGACGGUCUCGAUAGAUUAGACUGGAAGGAGUCGUGGUGACUGAACAUACAUAACACAACCUCUUUGUAACACAAAGGGAGGGGUCAUUGUGUAAAUGUCUUAAUCUCCUCUUGUUGUAUCAUUUGUGUUGUUUUAAGAAUAAGAUUCUUUGCGCUUU